UGGUUGUGCCAAACAAUGGGGGUUUUGGGAUCUUGUCAGAUGCGGCCAUCCCCUGAAAAUUUAUCCCCUAGGGUCAGAAAGGAAGAAAAUGAUUUCUCUGGUUCGAGUUUCCUAUCUCUCCAAGAUAGCACUCAUCAGGAACCCAUAGACGUCUCUUCUUCGUCAUCCUCUUCUUCAGAGGAUGGGUCUCUUGAGACAGAGGAUGAAGAUGACCAAUCUAAUGAGAAUGCCUCAAAGCAGUUGGUGCUUUAUGACCCUUCAGCUAAUGGUACAGGUGCAAUUGAACCUGUUCCCGACCCUAUUCAGUCCCAGCCUCCAACAUUCCGAAGAUACUUGGCUCGAAAUUCAUCUUCUAGAGUUUUGCCAUCUGUUGGGGCUUUCACUGUCCAGUGUGCCAAAUGUUUUAAAUGGAGGCUCAUCCCAACCAAAGAAAAAUAUGAAGAAAUACGCGAACAUAUUCUGGAACAGCCUUUUUACUGUGAAACAGCUCGUGAGUGGCGGCCUGAUAUAUCGUGUGACGAUCCAGCGGACAUUUCUCAAGAUGGCAGCAGGCUCUGGGCAAUUGAUAAACCUAAUAUUGCGCAGCCUCCUCCUGGGUGGCAACGGCUUCUACGAAUCAGAGGUGAAGGAAGCACCAAGUUUGCGGACAUAUAUUAUGAAGCACCAUCAGGCAAGAGACUACGCUCAAUUGUGGAGAUCCAAAAGUACUUGCUUGAACAUCCAGAGUACAUGAGAGAUGGAGUAACUCUCUCCCAAUUCUCAUUUCAAAUUCCAAAGCCCUUGCAGAAAGAUUAUGUGAGAAAGCGUACUCCUCUUCUGACAACUUCACUUGACACUAGACCUCUCGAACCUGGUGAAGCAGCGAGUCCCCUGGCAUGGGCAGGUCCAGAUGACUCUUCAGACUUACAGCUUAAUAGGCCAGGGUUGCCUCCUUACCUUGAGUCCCCUGUUUUUGAUCCUGUUGAGCGACCUGCAAAGAAGCAAGCUACAGCUUCCACACAGGCGAUGUACAGUAGUAAGCCAAACCAUAAUAAGCACAGUGGUCAAGGUUGAUGGGCUUUGUCAAUCUUGAAGUUGUAAUUAUGAACAUGAGGGUUGGUCUGGCAAGUUCUUUGUUUUUUUUUUUUAGUGACAAUUCAUGUUGUAUCUUGUCAUAUUUUACCCCACAUGACUAGAUUCUGUUUCUAGAGAAAAAUGGGGAAUUUUGGGGAGAAAGAUGAAAUAGAACAGUUCAGGUUGGGUUUAAGGGAUGGUAUUGUAAGCUUGGUUUUCUGGGGCUUUUUGAAGAACCCAUAUAAGAGAAAAUCUAUGGUGUUUUACACAAAUGUACUGUAUCCAAGAUCAACUGAUUUCUCACUUAUGCAUAUGCAUGACGUCCCAAUUCAAGCGUAUGAGCAUUUGCAUGUCUGCUGGUGCAUGAAAAGAGAC